UUGCACUGCGGUAAUAUGGCUCUUCCCUAGCCAGCGGCGGUGGCGGCUGGAGGUUGGGUAGAGCAGUUCUGCCUCUCGGGUGGCGGGUUUCUGGGCUGCAGGGGCUCGGCGGGUCGAGGCUAGGCGGUGGUGGCGGAUGCCGGAGGAACGCGGGCCCCGCCGCUUGGCGGCCCCUGGGUCAAGAUGAGCGCCUCAGCGUCGGUCGGGGGCCCGGUCUCCCCGCCGCCCCCGGGCCCGGCGGCCUCGCUGCCACCCGGUUCUGCAGCGCGGGCCCUGCAUGUGGAGCUGCCCUCUCAGCAGCGACGUCUUAGACACCUUCGGAACAUUGCUGCCCGGAACAUUGUUAAUAGAAAUGGCCAUCACCUCCUUGAUACUUACUUCACGCUUCACUUGUGUAAUACUGAAAAGAUAUAUAAAGAAUUUUAUAGAAGUGAAGUGAUUAAGAAUUCCUUGAAUCCAACGUGGCGGAGUCUUGAUUUUGGAAUAAUGCCAGACCGUCUUGAUACAUCUGUGUCUUGUUUUGUGGUGAAGAUAUGGGGUGGAAAGGAGGACAUCUACCAGCUUUUGAUUGAAUGGAAAGUCUGUUUGGAUGGGCUGAAAUACUUGGGUCAGCAGAUUCAUGCCCGCAACCAAAAUGAAAUAAUUUUUGGGCUGAAUGAUGGCUACUAUGGUGCUCCAUUUGAACAUAAGGGUUAUUCAAAUGCUCAGAAGAAUAUUCUUCUUCAGGUGGAUCAGAACUGUGUUCGCAAUUCUUAUGAUGUCUUCUCUUUGCUGCGGCUUCAUAGAGCCCAGUGUGCAAUUAAACAGACUCAGGUAACUGUUCAGAAAAUUGGAAAGGAAAUUGAAGAAAAGCUAAGGCUCACAUCUACAAGCAAUGAACUGAGAAAACAAAGUGAGUGCUUGCAAUUAAAAAUUUUGGUGCUUCGAAAUGAACUGGAAAGACAGAAGAAGGCUUUGGGACGGGAGGUGGCAUUACUGCAUAAGCAACAAAUUGCAUUACAGGAUAAAGGGAGUGCAUUUUCAACUGAACACCUCAAGCUUCAACUCCAGAAGGAAUCCCUGAAUGAAUUGAGGAAGGAGUGUACUGCGAAAAGAGAACUCUUUCUGAAGACUAAUGCUCAGUUGACAAUUCGUUGCAGAAAAAGAAUUAAUUUCAUUCUUUGGUUAUAUUCGCAGAAUGAGCAUAAGGAUUACUUUGUAUGUGGUGUCAAGUUGCCCAAUUCUGAGGACUUCCAAGCAAAAGAUGAUGGAAGCAUUGCUGUUGCCCUUGGUUACACAGCACAUUUGGUCUCCAUGAUUUCCUUUUUCUUACAAGUGCCCCUAAGAUAUCCUAUAAUUCAUAAGGGAUCUAGAUCAACAAUCAAAGAUAAUAUCAAUGAUAAGCUGACUGAAAAGGAGAGAGAGUUUCCAUUAUAUCCAAAAGGAGGGGAGAAGUUACAAUUCGAUUAUGGUGUCUAUCUUCUGAACAAAAAUAUAGCACAGCUAAGAUAUCAACAUGGACUAGGGACUCCAGACUUGAGGCAAACCCUCCCUAACCUGAAAAACUUCAUGGAACAUGGACUAAUGGUCAGGUGCGACAGACAUCACACCUCCAGUGCAAUCCCUGUUCCAAAGAGACAAAGCUCCGUAUUUGGAGGCGCAGAUGUAGGCUUCUCUGGGGGGAUCCCGUCCCCAGACAAAGGACACCGAAAACGGGCCAGCUCAGAGAAUGAGAGACUCCAGUACAAAACCCCUCCUCCCAGUUACAACUCAGCGCUCGCCCAGCCUGUUCCCGCCAUCCCUUCCAUAGGAGAGUCCGAGAGAAAGACAACAUCUCUGUCCUCCUCCUUGGAUACCUCCUUGGACUUCUCCAAAGAAAACAAGAAAAAAGGAGUUGAUCUGGGUGACAGAUUAAAUGGAGGUCAUGUGAGUGUGAACACUAGCCAGGAACAAGAAGAAGCCCUCUCUGGGCAUGCAGCCACCGUCAACGGCACUCUGCUGCCCAGCGAGCAGGCUGGCUCCCCCGGCGUCCGCGUCCCGGGGGACUUCCGCCCAGUCUCAGAGCCCGAGCUCUGCUGUACUGUGGAGCAAGCGGAAGAGAUCAUCGGCAUGGAAGCCACAGGUUUCACCUCAGGCGAUCAGCUGGAAGCCUUUAACUGCAUCCCGGUGGAUAGUGCCGUGGCAGUGGAGUGUGAUGAGCAAGUUCUGGGAGAAUUUGAAGAGUUCUCCCGAAGGAUCUAUGCACUGAAUGAAAACGUGUCCAGCUUCCGCCGGCCACGCAGGAGUUCUGAUAAGUGAAGUGAGCAGACAGCCAGUAGGACCAGGAGAGAGGCGCUGCCUAAAAGGAGGAUAAAGCUGCACUGGUUACCCCUUGUAAUAAUUACGACACAAAAUGAAUAUUAAUGGAGGAUAUUCCUCAAAAAACAGACUUUGUAAAUCAAGGAGGGACUCAGGAUCAUUGUGUAUCAGUGGGCCAGACAAAGUUAGAUUUUGCUUGCAAGAUUUGCUUUUCAGGCCUGAUGAUUGUUUUAAGGCAAAAGUCACUCUCUAGCUCGAGUCACCUUAUAGGUAUUUGUCUGCUUUUUAAUUUACGCUUCUGUGCUAUCCUCAGAGGGGAGAUGAUAAUAUAUAAAUAAUAUAAUAAGCUCACUUUUAGUUUCUCAUAAGCAUUUGCCCUCACCGUAGUUUAUAAAGCUUGGGAAAACCAAAUAAUCCAAAAAAGGUUUUCACCAUUUACUGAAAGACCUUUGACCAUCCAUGAGUUUGAUGAAUAACAAGCACAAUGGUCUCCUUACACCCAGGCCUCCCUGCCCCUGCCCCCAGUCACCCCAUCUGCUGCCCCAUCUUCACAGUGGAUGGGUUGUGCACCCUGAAAACUGAGGACAUCAGAUUCACUGGUUCUUGAAUGCAGAAGCCAACACCUUCCACCUCCUCAGCUCAGCCAUACCUUGGUAUAACCCUGAAAUUAGAGGAAAAACCUCCCCUCUGUGGUAGAUCCCAGGGGACGCUCUAGGACAUCUCCCCCCCCCCCAAGGUUACAACAGUCAGAUGGCAUCCAAUCCCCUUUGGGGGCCAGAGUUUCUACGUGGGCAGAUGCUGUAGUCAAAAACCAGGCGUGCUCUCUGGCAAUGCACUCACCAGACAGAAAUCCCUAUAUGUAAAUUCCAUGCUAAUUUAUUAAAUUCCAGUUGGAAAGGAAGGUGCUGGAUAUGAUAUAAAAUCUGGAGAGAGUCAGGCUGUCCGAUGUGCAGACCGCAGGGCAGUCAGGAUAAUUGGAUGAAGAGGCUUAGAUGAGGCGUAGAUUCUAUUGGUAUGUGUGCAGGUGCAUUCAUAGUCAAUUAUGUUCUUGAAGUCCGAUUUCAUUCCUGGAGCUCAGAUCUCAUUUGCUAUUGCUCUAUACUUUAUAUACCCAAGGACAUUGCCUCAGGGUUGCAAGCUCUUUAAGGAAAAUUUAUGCGUGUAUCCAUGUAUCGUAUGGAAGAAUAAAAACCGAAUUUGCUUCACUUGACCCGAUUUGUUUUUUCCAGUUUUGACGUUCAUCUUGAAGCUGCAUCUCCAUGUUACAUCAUGACAGGGCGAGCCUGAACCGAAACCGCGGCUGUGUCCACAGCAGUGUCGUCAGCUUGAGUCGACACGGUUUGUGUAGCUACACAAACGCCCUCACACACGGACCGCCCGGGAGUCCGGCAACAACUGGGCUCCGAGGCCUCGCGGUCCUUUUCGUGUGUUGUCUGAGUGCUCUUGGGCUCAAGUUCUCAUUGACAGCUACAUUAUCAAGCAGAAUAGUUCAUGUUGUCAUUUUCCACAUAAAGAGAUCUCACUGAAUCCAUGCUUGACAGACAGACCCGACCUGCAAGCAAUUAAGAGCUUUAACUUGAUCUGGAGAAAUCCAUCUUAUUCCACAGAAAGAGGCGGAACUCCUCCAGACCUAACGCAGAAGCCGUUAGGAGUCACAGCUUCUUCGCGGUGUACUGUCACUCAUGUUAGAGUCCACGAGGGGGGAGAUAGCUGUGGGCCUGGCUCUACGUCAGACUGGGCUGUUGGAGCCCUCCAGUGAAACAACAUCCACCCGCACCCCCAAAAGGACAAGGUUUUGGAAGGACUGUGUUAGUAUUGAACAAUGGGAGGCACAUCACAUGUGGCUUAAGGUCCACAGAUGGGAGUGGACUUCAAACUUCAUGCCAGACUUAAAGACAGGGUACACUGAGGUGCAGGCCCUGGAGCCUGGGUCUUGGCAUGCCCCUGCUUGGAUGAGCACCCCUAGUUACAAUGUUCAUCUCAGGUUCCACACAGCCAGACAAAACCCGGGGCUCUGGGGCUCUGUCAGUCUCCUGUCUGUGGACUUCCGAAUUCUGGGACCCACAGCACGGAGCCCUGUCGCUGAAUAUCAUUAGCUCAGAACCGGUUACCCAUGCAUUGGCUCGGUCCACACCGUGUUCAGUGACAUUAGCCUCACAGCGCCACCACUUAGGUUUGGGUUCCUUUGGUUUGGGUUUCAGGUUUUCGUUGCAUUUGUUCGGUGCCUCCAGUUUCUGCCUUGCCUUGGGUAGAACCUGCAGUAUUAUAUAUCUCCAGGAGGAACUCUGCUCAACAUUUUCCAAAGCUGCAGAAUUCAUUUUGCCUCUGUUUAAAGUGGCCAAGGCCAAAAUAUGGGAUGAGUUACUAUCUCCUACUAAUCUUUUUGAUUAGUCUUGUAAAUCACUAAAAAAUAAAUAAAAUCUGCUUUGAGGAUAUCAGCUGAAAUGCAAUUCACUGCUAUCCAUGUUGGAACUUCUAAGAGCCCUUUCCGUUUUCAUGUAGCUGAGACAAUUUUAACAGUCGGCAAAUGUUAUCAAAUGAAUAUUUGAUUGUGUUCUCUCUCUCCACUUCCCCUUGCCCACUUUAGAAAUUCCAGAGAUUUUUUUUUCCCCCUCAGAAUAUUAGUUUUGGAAGAUUGUAUCCAGCUAUAUUUUUUUAGCAGUUCUAAUGGUGCCCAUUUAUCUUGACCUAACCGGUUAUUUAAAUAAUUUUUUAAACCACCACCAAUAAUAAAAUGGCAUGUGAAACUGA